AUGACUUCAACUGAUACUCAGCCAGUUCACCAACGUCCUAAACUAGUAUUGGGUUGUAUGGAAUUUGGUCGACUUCAACCAUUGGAUGUUUCUCAUCAGAUGAUCAAUUCUUAUAUUGAAUUAUUUAAAUCUUCCAAUGCUUACAAAUCACAAACACUUGAAUUUGAUACGGCUUAUGUUUAUGGAGGUCAAUUCGGAAUAUCUGAAGAUAUAUUAGGUAAAUUGGAUGAUAACAUCAAGAAACAAAUUUUAUUUCAUACCAAAGCAAAUGCGAAGGCAAAACAGAAUCCAUCAUUAUCGAAAGAAUCAGUAUUGAUACAAUGUAAAGAAUCAUUAGAAAGAUUACAACUGGAAAGUGUUCAUUCACCACCAUUGGAUAUCUAUUAUUUACAUGCACCUGAUCCAAAUACGCCUAUUGAAGAAACUUUAAGUGCUAUAAAUGAAUUAUACAAACAAGGAAAAUUCAAACGAUUUGGUGUUUCAAAUUAUAAAUCAUGGGAAGUAGCUGAGAUUUAUUAUAUCUGUAAAAUAAAUAAUUAUGUUCUGCCUACGGUUUAUCAAGGAAUGUAUAAUUUGAUUGCUCGUGAUGCAGAAUUAGAAUUAUUGCCAUGUUUAAGAAAAUUAGGAAUUAGUUUUUAUGCCUAUAAUCCUUUGGGAGGUGGUCUAUUAACAGGUCGUUACGAAUAUUCUCAAGGUGAUAUCAGUCAUAAGGAAGAUAUUCCUGAAGGUCGUUUUACGGCACCAGUUGUUGGUGAUCUGUACAGAGAAAGAUAUUGGAAAAAAUCAAUUUUCGAAGCUAUUGAUAUGAUUAAACAAGCAGUAAAUGAAUAUAAUCAACAAAAUCAAAGUAACUUGACAUUGACAGAAGUUGCUUUUAGAUGGGAUAAUUAUCAUUCGAAAUUAUCCGGUCAAUAUGGUGAUGCCAUUCUGAUGGGAUCAAGUAAACCUGAAUAUUUGAUUGCGAAUACAAAAUUCUUAGCAAUAGAAUCACCUUUACCUGAAUCAAUUUUAUCGGCAAUUGAAGCAAGUUAUCAACAUUGUAAACAAGACGUUGCACGUCAUUGGCCAAUAUUUAAAUAA